AAGUGUCACAUAUCCAAUCAACAAAUUAAAGCAUUUUCUCCUUGAAUGAUGGUUACCAUCCAAUAUCCAGAAAUAUUUCUUGCUGUUGUAUGUUUUUUUCUCAUUUGUUACUUAACAAGACAUGGUAUUCCAUGGAAUUGGCCUUUCCUUGGAAUGUUACCAAGUAUUUUAAUCCACCUUCACCGCACACAUCACCGUUGCGUUGAUAUUCUGCAAGGCAACAAUUGCAGUUUUCUUUUCAAAGGUCCAUGGUUUGCUAACAUGGACUUCUUGAUGACAGUUGAUCCUGCCAAUAUCCAGCAUAUUAUGAGCUCAAACUUUACAAAUUAUCCCAAAGGAGAUGAAUUUCUCAAGAUAUUCGAUAUCCUAGGGAACGGGAUCUUCAAUUCCGAUGGAGAAUUAUGGAAACUCCAAAGGAAAAUCACACGAGCUCUUAUCAAUCAUCGGAGCUUCAUUCGAUUUUUGGUUAAGAUUACUUACAACAAGGUGCAGAAAGGAUUGGUUCCUAUACUCCAACAUGCAUACAAAGACGGCCUUGUCAUAGACUUGCAAGAUGUGUUUCAAAGACUUACCUUUGAUACUACAUGCUUGCUAGUCAGUGGCCAUGAUCCGGGGUGUCUCUCCCUCGAAUUCCCUCAUGUUCCCUUCUCUCAGGCCCUUGAUGAUGCAGAGGAAGCCAUAGCCUUUCGACAUCUACUCCCACAUAACUUUUGGGAGUUGCUAAAGUGGCUAGGCUUGGGGCAACCCAAAAAACUAAGCCAAGCAUGGAAAGUCCUUGAUCACUUCAUUGAUUACAUUAUAUCGAUGAAGCGUGAAGGGCUAAGGGGUGGAAAAAAAUCACCCUUCAAGUUGGAACAAGAACAAGAAGAAGAAGGUAUCGAUCUUUUAACAUCAUUCCUAAAUGAAGAAACUCGUGAUGUAACGAGUGGAAUCAAUACUAAGGAUGAUAAGUUCUUAAGAGAUACAAUUCUCAACCUCAUGCUUGCAGGACGAGACACAACUAGUUCUGCUCUUACAUGGUUUACUUGGCUAAUAACACAACAUCCUAUAGUUGAAGAAAAGAUAAGAAAUGAAUUAAAAGGAAUAGCCAAUGAAUGGCAUGUUUUCCAAAUAGAGGAAACAAACAAGCUAACUUAUCUACAUGCAGCACUUUGUGAGUGUCUAAGGCUAUAUCCUCCUGUUCCAUUCCAACAUAAAUCCCCAAUACAACCUGAAACUCUACCAAGCGGCCACCACGUAAACCCAAAGACGAAAGUAUUGUUUUCUUUGUACGCCAUGGGAAGAAUGAAGGGAAUAUGGGGCGAAGAUUGCUUCGAGUUUAAGCCAGAGAGAUGGAUAACAAAGGAAGGAAAGAUCAAGUAUGAGCCACCUUAUAAAUUUUUAUCAUUUAACGCCGGUCCAAGAACUUGCCUAGGGAAGGAAGUGGCUUUCACACAAUUGAAGAUGGUAAGCGCAACUUUGAUUCAUAACUACAAGUUUCAUGUAGUUGAUGGACAACAUGCUGAACCAGAUAUGUCGAUCGUUCUCCAUAUGAAGCAUGGAUUAAAGGUUAAGGUAAGCAACAGAUGGAGUAUGGCUUGGAACUGCAACACUCUGCAACAACACUUGACGAAUUGAUUUCAUAUUGUACGUAUGUUGUAAUUAAUGUAUGCGAACCCAUGCCAGAGAAUGCUCAGAACUGAAUCAAUGCUAGGGAUGAUACAGUAUAUGUUAUUUCUCCUUUUACCAGAUUUCAUGUGAUAGGAGUACUGUAUACUAUUGUGCUGCGUUCAGAAUUUAAGUUGCAACCUACUCUAUUAGUUGGGCAAAAAUUUAAUUUGCAGAUAUAUUCUAGUCAGUCGAUGUUUCUUUUGCCAUGUUUAGGGGGAGG